GCCUUCUACGUGCUUCACGCCGCUGUUUCCCCUCUUGGCUGCCACCGUUUCGUCAAGAACAGAGGCCCUCCACGAGCGCGACGUCACCAACAUCGGCUCGCUACGCCGGCUAAGACUAUGCCUGAGGACAGGGCAGGGGGUGCUGACCCGAUUGUAUCUAUCGAGUGUCUCGAUGCUCUUGUACCACGUGCCGAGAUUGCGAAGCUCAGUCGACAAAGGUCUGACAUGCAAGGGGCGCUUCAGCUCUUAUUUCACGGUAGUGUCUUUACGACUGUCGCUUGCUGCCGGCUGCCUUUGUAUUCACCUGUCAUGGGAAUGGCGGUCGUGGCAGCAUUUUUCUUCCAUGGCCUCCAUGAAACGGUGCACCAGACGGCAUUCCGUUCUCGUUGGAUCAACGUGCUGGUUGCGCAUUUUUUGGGGUUCUUAUGCAUGCGGCCGGCCCGUCAUUAUUGGUACUACCACUUGGAUCACCAUCGAUACACGGGCAAUCCACAGCGCGAUUCCGAAUUGCAGCCAGGCUCUUUCCUGGAUUUGGCCAUUGAUCGUCCGGCACAGUACCUGCUUUACCUCUCAGGUAUACCCUUUUGGUUGGAUGCCGCCUUCACCCUCCUGAGCCAUGCCAUCGGCCGCUGCCACGAAGCAUACUUGAGGAAUCAGAGGGCCUGCGAUGAAGUGAAAGGCGAAGCACGGGCUUACCUCUUGGCUUACGGUCUCCUGGCCCUUUCUUGCGCCAUGAGUCCUGGGAUGGCUUGGGCGCUUUGGUACUUCUGGGUUUGCCCGGCUCUUCUUGCACAGCCCAUUUUGAGGUUCUACUUGCUCGCUGAGCAUCGUGGACGCAAACUUUCCACUAGAGUCUACGAGAACACGCGUACCACCUAUACGAACUGGUUUUUUCGACGGCUGGCAUGGUGCAUGCCAUAUCACAUGGAGCAUCAUGCCUGGCCUUCGAUCCCCUUCUACAAACUCAGGGAGGCCAAUCACUUGCUGCUUCGGGCUGCUCAGAAAGCCGGCGGGGAUGAUCUGCUCGAGAAGGGGGAAAUCCAUCCCGAGCUCAAAGGCAGCUCGAGACUCGGAUACUUGGGCUUUAACCACCGCUACUGGAUGCUAUUUGUGACGUUCUCUCCGUCAUACCUUUCUGGGUCGAACUCAUCCUUCAGCCAACUCAGGGUACUUCGGUCCGAGGGCGCGGCAAAGUUGGCAUGGACUGCUCGGCGCAGGGUUACCUGCCUGUCUCUUGCAGGUUUGCUUACCGAGCUGUAG